CUCGUGAAACUUUCUUGGGCGAAAGUUAGGUUGAGAAGUGUUGAAAAAAACAAUUCCUUUCAUUCUUGUCAUGUCAGUUAUUUUAAUUCUAUAUUUAUUCAUAUAAACUGUGCGGAAACAGAUGAAAGAAUGCUGCGUUGUUAGCUUUACAUACCAAAAGAGAACAGUUAUACAUUCGAAAAUGCUUUGUAUUUAAUUUGAGAUUAAUACUAACACAAGCAAGCCUAGUAUUUGAAAAAAAUUGCUUAUGGCUGCACCUGCAGGGAAAAAAAAUAAACUAAAUUUGAAAAUUGCACCUUUGAAAUCACUGAACACAGUGGAAGAAAAUGAAGUUCCAAAGCCUGCUUAUGAUGCACCUCACAAAGAAGACGUUAUUGCUGAUUUAAAGCUUGGCGAUUUGAGUCUUGAAAAUUUAAGUGAAGACCAGAAGUCGCGUCUUGAAGAAUUUCUUCGUGAUAAACAAAAAAUAAAAAGUGAAUUAAAAGAUGAAGACUUUGAGCGGAUACAAGAAAUUGGUGCUGGAAAUGGUGGAGUUGUGCUUAAAGUGAAUCACAAACCAACAGGUCUAAUCAUGGCUAGAAAGCUUAUUCGACUUGAGAUAAAACCAGCAAUUCGAAACCAAAUAAUGAGAGAAUUAAAAGUAUUGCAUGAAUGUAAUUCUCCUUAUAUUGUUGGUUUUUAUGGAGCAUUCUACAAUGAUGGAGAAAUAUCUUUGUGUAUGGAAUACAUGGAUGGAGGUUCACUUGAUUUAAUUUUGAAAAAAGCACUUAGAAUACCUGAAAAUAUACUUGGCAUUAUUACCCUAGCAGUUUUAAAAGGACUAGCUUACUUGCGUGAAAAACAUUCCAUUAUUCACAGAGAUGUUAAGCCAUCAAACAUUUUGGUCAAUUCAUUGGGAGAAAUUAGACUCUGUGAUUUUGGUGUAAGUGGCCAGCUAAUUGAUUCAAUGGCCAACACAUUUGUUGGAACUCGAUCAUAUAUGUCACCAGAACGACUGCAGGGUACUCAUUAUUCCAUCCGCUCAGACAUUUGGAGUAUUGGAUUGAGCCUUGUAGAACUUGCAUUAGGACGAUAUCCUAUUCCUUGUCUUACAACAGAAGAUUUCAUACAGAUAUUCAUGAACCCUGAGAAAGGUACACAUGUUUUACCUCCUGGAGCAAAAGCUCCCCCUGGUGUUACUGAGACUAAAUCAAUGGCAAUUUUUGAACUCCUGGAUUACAUAGUAAAUGAGGAGCCACCUAAAUUACCAAGUCAGUAUUUUUCAAAUGAUUUUUGUGAUUUUGUCAAUAAAUGUUUAAAAAAGAAUCCUAACGAAAGACCAGAUGUAAAAGAACUAAUGGAACAUCCGUGGAUGCUCAAAGCUGAAGCAGAAAAGAAUACUAUCGAUUUUGCAGGUUGGGUAUCAAGUUUACUUUUGAAUGGAAACGUAGUUCAAACCAACGUGUAAAGUUUAAAUUCAAUGCUAUUUAAAUUUUAUUGUUCAUCUACUGACGGCAGCUCAAAAAUCUAUUAGUUGUCAAAAUGUUUUUGCAUAAUUAGUGACGAAGCAAAAUUCUAUUGAGCAACGGGUGGUAGACCAAAGUUCCGUUUGUUAAACAGUAGUUGAUUAAAUUUUAUUAUUCACAAUCAAAACCUCGACUGAUAACUGAAAUUUGAAAAGCUUUGCUUUUUCUAAUUUUUUUUUAAUUAAAAAUUUUCAAAUAUAAAAAUAAUUAUUUUUUUUGUUUGUAUAUAAGGUAUUAAUUUAAAAUAAAAACACAAGUUGUAA